AUGAAGCACAUCAUCAAUCUCUAUGAAAAUAUCAAUGACACGGUCAGGAACAAUUCAGACUGUCCUCCUGUGGUUUUGCCAGAAGAGAUUUUUUUCACAAUCUCCAUCAUUGGGGUUUUGGAGAAUCUGCUCGUCCUUCUGGCCGUGAUCAAGAAUAAGAAUCUCCAGUCCCCUAUGUACUUCUUCAUUUGCAGUUUGUCCAUUUCCGAUAUGCUGGGCAGCCUGUAUAAGAUCUUGGAAAAUAUCCUGAUCAUGGUCAGAAACAUGGGUUAUCUCAAGCCGCGUGGCAGUUUCGAAACCACCGCCGAUGACAUCAUUGACUCCCUGUUCAUCCUCUCCCUGCUCGGCUCCAUCUGCAGCCUGUCCGUGAUCGCUGCUGACCGGUACAUCACCAUCUUCCACGCUCUGCAGUACCACAAUAUUGUGACCACGCGCCGCGCCUUCAUCAUCCUGAGCAUCAUCUGGGCAGGCUGCACGGGCACCGGCAUCGUCAUGGUGGUCUUCUCCCAUCACGUCCCCACAGUGAUCACUUUCACGUCACUGUUCCCUCUGAUGCUGGUCUUCAUCCUGUGUCUCUAUGUGCACAUGUUCUUGCUGGCUCGUUCCCACGCCAGGAAGAUCUCCACUCUCCCGGGCACCAAUAUGAAAGGAGCCAUCACACUCACCAUCCUGCUGGGCGUCUUCAUUUUCUGUUGGGCCCCUUUUGUCCUUCAUAUUCUCCUAAUGACUUUCUGCCCAAAUAAUCCUUACUGUGCCUGCUACAUGUCCCUCUUCCAGGUGAAUGGCAUGUUAAUCAUGUGCAAUGCUGUCGUUGAUCCCUUCAUUUAUGCCUUCCGGAGCCCAGAGCUCAGGGUGGCAUUCAAAAAGAUGAUCAUCUGUAGCAGGCACACCUAG